ACGCUCCACUCAACGAAGGGCACCCGGUAUAAAAGCGCUUCGCGUUUCCGCCGCAUCUCAGUGCUUCGUGAAAGUGUUGUGAGAAAGUGAAAGAUGGACUCGCAGCAGUUCAGGGAAUUUGCCAAAGCCGCCGUGGAUUAUGUCGCGGAUUACUUGGAGACGGUGGAGGAUCGGCCGGUGGUGGCGGGGGUGGCUCCGGGAUACUUGGCCAAGCUGAUCCCGGAGGAGCCGCCGCAGACCGGGGAGAAGUGGCAGGAGGUGUUGCAGGAUGUCGACCGGAUUAUCAUGCCGGGGAUCACGCAUUGGACUUCGCCGCAUUUUCAUGCCUUCUUUCCGACGGCGAGUUCKUUCCCGAGUAUCGUGGGCGAGAUGCUGAGUGCGGGAUUCGGAUGUGUGGGCCUGAGCUGGGUGGCAAGCCCGGCUUACACCGAACUGGAAGUAGUGAUGAUGAACUGGCUGGGCAAACUCCUCGGCCUCCCUGAAGAAUUCCUCAACUGUUCUGAAGGGCCCGGAGGAGGAGUCAUUCAAGGUUCCGCCAGCGAAACCACAUUUGUGGCCCUUUUAGCCGCCAAAGAAAAAACAGUCCGCGACAUACAAAAACUCCACCCGGAAAUGUCCGAAGGGRAAAUUAAGGGAAAACUUGUGGCUUACUCAUCAAACCAAUCAAAUUCUUCGGUUGAAAAAUCCGGGCUUUUGGGCUCGAUGCCUAUGCGSUUAUUACCAGUUGACGAAAAGGGACAAUUGCGAGGAGAAGCGUUAGAGGAGGCUUUUCAGAAGGACAAGGAACAAGGGCUUAUUCCAUGCUAUGUCGUUGCAAAUUUAGGGACGACUCCAACUUGUGCUUUCGAUAAGUUGGAGGAGUUGGGGCCGGUGUGUCAGAAGGAAAAUGUUUGGUUACACAUUGAUGCGGCUUAUGCAGGCUCGGCUUUUGCCUGUCCCGAAUACAGGUACUUGAUGAAAGGCAUCGAAUACGCCGACUCGUUCAACUUCAACCCUCAUAAAUGGAUGCUUGUCAACUUUGACUGUUCGGCCAUGUGGGUCCGAGACGCCCGCCACUUAGUAGAAGCCUUCAAUGUCGAACGCAUCUACCUCAAAGACCAACACAAAGGCUUGGCCCCCGAGUACCGCCACUGGCAGAUUUCCCUCGGACGACGCUUUCGCGCGUUAAAACUUUGGUUCGUCCUUCGCAUUUACGGCGUCGAGGGUAUCCAAAAACACAUCCGGCACCAAAUCUCCUUAGCUAAACGAUUUGAGGAAUUGSUCCGCGGCGACCAACGGUUCGAAGUGUGCUCCUCGAGUAUGGGUUUGGUGUGUUUUAAACUCAAAGGAGACGAUUCGUUGACUGUCAAACUCCUGGAACGCGUCCAACAGAGGAAGAAAAUUUAUGUCAUCGCGGGCCACUUUGGGGAGAGUCACGUGAUUCGGUUUGCGGUUUGUAGUCGGUUAACGGAGAAAAGGCACGUGGAUUAUGCUUGGAAUGAGUUCGCGAGCCAAGCCGACGAGAUUUUGGGGUGUAAAGUUGAAAGGAAGAGUGAUAUUUCGAUUGAGAUUAGUAAUGCUAGGUGCCAAAAGAUCAACGAUGUUGAGAAGUCGAAGUGAGGGUUUACGUGCCCGUGGUUGUUGUUUUAUUUAUUGUUUUCUGUAAGAUUUGUUAUAAUGGUGGUUGCAAUAAAAAUAAAAAUCAUUUGGAAUAAUUGGA